UCCAUUGUCAUUUAUGGGAGUAAAUUCUAAUCUUUAAUUAUGUUUAUAUAAAUGCUUAUUCCUUGUUGUUAAAAUAUUAAUAACUCUAUUUCUUGAUUCGUUCUGUUUAUUUUAAGUAAAAAAGAACAUUAUAAUAUUGAAGAAUAAAUUGUACAAUGAGGUGGAGUGAAAAUGAGACAUACCACUUCGUUAAAAUAUAUUUAAGUCAUGAGUAUUUGUGGAACCCUGAUCAUCCCAGUUACAGAAUGAAGAAUAAAAGACAGAAGGCGUAUAAAGAUAUCAGUUCAGAAUUUAACGCCGUUACAGGUCUAGUACUUCAUGAAGUUGAAGUGAAGAUGAAGAUAAAAAAUCUUAGAUCCACUUACGUGCAAGAACUGGCAAAAAUAAAACAUCGGUCUUGUCCAGAUUCAGUAUACACGCCGGCUAUGAAAUGGUUUCCCGAUUGGCAUAAACACUUUAGUUCUAUGAGAAGAAGUAAAUACGAUGUCACACUUAAUGAUGAUGAUGAAGUACAAGAAGAUGACUUGUCACAAAAAGUAUGGGUGUCUACUGAUGAUAAUGAUGAUGAAACUGAUACAGACCCAUUCUUAUCACACAACAACGAUGAUUAUGUGAUCUUAUUAAAAUCUGAACCAAAGGAAGAUUCUCCAAAGAAUGAUACGGACAUUAUAAAUAAUGGUAAAAGUAAAAAUAGGAAGUAUCUCAGGUAUCCUAGUGUGGAGAAUUCAGAUAGGACCUGUAGAGGAAGUCUGGAUUCUAUCUCCGAAUCACACAUCAGAGAAGAUGAAUUUGAUAUUUAUGGAAAAUAUAUAGCUACACAAUUAAGAAAGAUGGAUUUACAAAAAGCAUUGAAGGUACAGUUGGAGAUACAGAAUAUUGUCAGUGAAGCCAGAUUGUCUAGUUUAGCCAAUGAUUAAAACAAUUAUACUAAUUCCGUUUUCUUAUUUAGCAAGUAAUGUGACUAUUUACAUUUAGAUAAUCACAGACAUCACAAAAUACGUGAUUCUUGUGAUACAUUUCAUCUUAACAAUGACUAAGAUGAAACCACCUACGGAAUCCACUUGUUUUUAAAUCAUCCACUAACCCAAUGAAAUGUAUGCACAAUAAAGUCAACUUUUAAAUGAGAAAAGUAUAGAAAACAGAAAUAACAUUUUUUUUAAAACAACAAGGAGUUGUAUAU